UGCAGUUAGAUUUUCUUUCUGGUGAAUUUAUCCAUUUGUUUUUCACUCCAGAAAUGGCCUCAGGCUUCAAUCCCCGAGAAUGCAGACUGUCCAAACAAGAUGGGCAAACCUAUGGCUUUUACUUGAGAAUUGAGAAGGAUACUGAUGGCCACCUGAUCCGGGUGAUUGAGAAGGGUAGCCCAGCAGAGAAGGCUGGUCUCCUGGAUGGUGACAGAGUUCUUAGGAUCAAUGGUGUCUUUGUUGAUAAGGAAGAGCACAUGCAGGUGGUGGAUCUGGUCAGAAAGAGUGGGAAUUCAGUGAGUUUACUAGUUCUAGAUGGGGAUUCUUAUGAGAAAGCCAUAAAAACACAGGUAGACUUGAAAGAGUUGGGUCAAAUCCAGAAGGAGUUGGAUUUGAAUGGUAAGAAAACUGACUCUGUGAUGAAUGGAGGAGUGGAGACUUGGACCCAGCCACGGAUCUGCUACCUAGUGAAGGAGGGAAACAGCUAUGGCUUCUCUCUGAAAACUGUCCAAGGUAAAAAGGGAGUGUACAUCACUGACAUAACACCUCAGGGUGUGGCUAUGAGAGCUGGUGUCUUGGCUGAUGAUCUCUUGGUUGAAGUGAAUGGAGAGAAUGUAGAGAAUGCCAGCCAUGAGGAAGUAGUUGAAAAGGUGAAGAAGUCAGGAAGCCACCUCACCUUCCUGCUUGUGGACAAAGAAACUGACAAGCGUCACAAUGAACAGAAGAUACAAUUCAAGAGGGAAACAGCCAGUUUGAAACUACUGCCCCACCAGCCCCGAGUGGUGGAAAUGACAAAGGGGAGCAAUGGCUAUGGUUUCUACCUUAGGGCAGGCCCAGAACAGAAAGGUCAAAUCAUCAAGGACAUAGAUUCUGGAAGUCCAGCAGAGGUGGCUGGCUUGAAGAAAAAUGACCUGCUAGUUGCUGUCAAUGGCGAGUCUGUGGAAACCCUCGAUCAUGACAGUGUGGUGGAAAUGAUUAGAAAGGGUGGAGAUCGGACUUCACUGUUGGUGGUAGACAAAGAGACGGAUAACGUAUAUAGACUGGCUCACUUUUCUCCAUUUCUCUACUACCAAAGUCAAGAACUGCCUAAUGGUUCUGUCAAGGAAGCUCCAGCUACUACUUGUGUUCCUCUGGAGCCCUCAAGUCCAGCUACUACAGAAGAAGUAGACCAUAAGCCUAAACUCUGCAGGCUGGUUAAAGGUGAAAGUGGCUACGGCUUUCACUUGAAUGCAAUUCGGGAUCUGCUAGGCUCAUUUGUCAAAGAGGUACAGAAGGGAGGCCCUGCUGAUGAGGCAGGACUACAGGAUGAGGAUAUCAUCAUUGAAGUGAAUGGAGAGAAUGUGCUGGAUGAAUCCUAUGAGAAGGUGGUGGACAGAAUCCAGAGCAGUGGGAACAAUGUCACACUCUUGGUCUGUGGAAAGGAGGCCUAUGACUACUUCCAAACUAAGAAAAUCCCCAUUACUUCCUCCAUGGCUGACCCACUGGAUGCCUGCCCUGAUUCCAAAGAAGAAACAUUGGCAGAGCAUGACUUGCAUAUGACAAAAGAACGAGCCCACAGUUCAGCCUCACAUUCUUCUUCCAAUUCUGAAGAUACACAGAUGUGAUAAGAAGGAAUAUAGCUCGGGCUGAUAGAAUUCCUAUUAAAUACUCAGAAACUGCUUUCUCAAGGAUUGAACUACCACCGAUUUACUGUCCUGUAUCUGUUAGAGAAGAACUCCUCCGGAAACUGCUCAUCACAUGUGCUGCCAUUUGUCCUAGGAGUGCUAUAACUUUGGAAGAUUGAAGGCAGGAGCCAUCUUCUAAGCUUCAACUUUAUAUUUGUUUAAUGAUACCAAAGGUGAUUCAU